UCCACUUGAAUUUCAAAGGACUGAAAAGUUUUUUGAAAGAUGAAUGGACAUUGCAGCCCAGUUUGAGAAAGCCAUGGCAAAGUCAGUUAAGAAAUAUCAACUUAGCACUUCCGAGCCUUCUCUUCCAGAAACUGUAGUCCUCAACAAGAUCUCCUUUAAUAUUGAUGGUUCCAUCCGAUAUAAAGAAAAGCCAUAUUUCUCUGCCUCCGAAGCCCUAGAUGCUUACAUUGAUGAUUUUUAUUUAAGCUGUAAGCUGCCUGAUAUUAAUGAUACAAAGGUUAAACUGGAUCAGAACCCUCUCGAACUUCUUGCUAACCUAAACAGUGAUGAGAGCCCCUACACUAAAUCCGCCAGCCAGACAAAGCCGCCUGAUGGAGCGUUGGCUGUGAGGAGACAGAGCAUCCCAGAGGAAUUCAAGGGCUCCACCGUGGUUGAGCUGAUGAAGAAGGAAGGCACUACCCUCGGGCUAACGGUAUCGGGCGGCAUUGACAAGGAUGGCAAGCCCCGAGUGUCUAACCUGCGGCAAGGAGGAAUUGCGGCUAGAAGCGACCAGCUGGAUGUGGGGGACUACAUCAAAGCAGUGAAUGGGAUCAACCUGGCCAAAUUCCGCCAUGAUGAGAUCAUCAGCCUGCUGAAGAACGUUGGGGAAAGAGUGGUUCUUGAAGUCGAGUACGAGCUGCCACCAGUCUCUGUUCAAGGAUCGAGUGUUAUUUUCCGAACAGUGGAGGUCACAUUACAUAAAGAAGGCAAUACCUUUGGUUUUGUAAUACGAGGAGGGGCACAUGACGAUAGAAAUAAAUCUCGUCCAGUUGUAAUAACCUGUGUUCGUCCUGGAGGACCUGCAGACAGAGAGGGCACCAUCAAACCUGGCGACAGGUUGCUCAGUGUGGAUGGAAUCCGGCUUCUCGGAACCACGCAUGCGGAAGCCAUGAGUAUUCUUAAACAGUGUGGACAAGAAGCAACACUGCUGAUAGAAUAUGAUGUCUCAGUGAUGGAUUCUGUGGCAACAGCAUCCGGGCCACUGCUAGUUGAAGUUGCCAAAACUCCUGGUGCCAGCCUUGGGGUUGCCCUAACUACCUCGAUGUGCUGUAACAAACAGGUCAUUGUCAUAGACAAAAUCAAAUCUGCAAGUAUUGCAGACAGAUGUGGUGCCCUUCACGUGGGAGAUCACAUCCUGUCCAUCGACGGAACCAGCAUGGAGUACUGUACGCUCGCAGAAGCCACCCAGUUCCUGGCAAACACCACUGACCAGGUCAAGCUUGAGAUUCUUCCCCAUCAUCAGACCCGCCUGGCCCUGAAGGGACCUGAGCAUGUGAAAAUUCAGAGGAGCGACAGGCAACUCACGUGGGAUUCCUGGGCCACCAACCACUGCGGCCUUCACACCUACCAAUACCCUAAUGCGUCCCACCCGGACCAUUGCCAAGCGCCGGCCCUUCCAGUCCCGAAGGCCCCUCCUCCCAACAGCCCUCCAGCUUUGGUGUCUUCAUCCUUCUCUCCUACCUCCAUGAGUGCAUACAGCCUGAGUUCCCUGAACAUGGGGACCUUACCUCGAAGCCUCUACUCCACUAGCCCUCGUGGGACCAUGAUGAGGAGGAGACUGAAAAAGAAAGACUUCAAAAGCUCACUGUCUUUAGCCUCGAGCACAGUGGGCCUGGCUGGGCAGGUCGUUCACACAGAAACCACAGAAGUUGUGUUGACAGCAGAUCCUGUCACGGGAUUUGGGAUCCAACUGCAGGGUAGUGUGUUUGCCACGGAGACACUCUCUUCUCCACCUCUGAUUUCCUAUAUUGAAGCUGACAGCCCAGCCGAGAGAUGUGGGGUGCUACAGAUUGGAGACAGAGUGAUGGCCAUUAAUGGGAUUCCAACUGAAGACAGCACCUUUGAGGAAGCCAACCAGCUCCUCCGAGACUCUUCAAUCACGAGCAAGGUCACACUGGAAAUCGAGUUUGAUGUUGCAGAGUCUGUCAUCCCAAGUAGUGGAACAUUUCAUGUAAAGCUCCCUAAGAAGCAUAAUGUGGAACUUGGAAUAACCAUCAGUUCACCAUCUAGCAGAAAACCAGGAGAUCCCCUUGUCAUAUCAGAUAUCAAGAAAGGCAGCGUGGCACACAGGACUGGCACCCUGGAACUGGGGGAUAAACUACUUGCAAUAGAUAACAUCCGGCUGGACAACUGUUCUAUGGAAGAUGCAGUUCAGAUCCUCCAGCAGUGCGAAGACCUGGUGAAGCUCAAAAUCCGCAAAGAUGAAGAUAAUUCAGAUGAGCAAGAAAGUUCCGGAGCAAUUAUUUACACUGUGGAGCUUAAGCGCUAUGGGGGGCCCCUUGGCAUCACAAUUUCAGGAACUGAAGAGCCGUUUGAUCCUAUAAUCAUUUCAAGCCUCACUAAAGGGGGAUUAGCUGAAAGAACUGGUGCAAUCCACAUAGGAGACCGAAUCCUGGCCAUCAACAGCAGCAGCUUGAAAGGAAAGCCUCUGAGUGAGGCCAUCCAUUUGUUACAGAUGGCAGGAGAGACUGUCACCUUGAAAAUUAAGAAACAGACAGAUGCCCAGUCAGCUUCAAGUCCCAAGAAAUUCCCCAUCUCUAGCCACCUGAGUGACCUGGGAGAUGUGGAGGAGGACCCCUCUCCGGCACAGAAGCCAGGCAAGCUGACCGACACGUACCCCUCCACUGUGCCCAGUGUGGACAGCGCGGUGGACUCGUGGGACGGCUCUGGAAUAGAGAGCAGCUAUGGGAAUCAAGGCUCAGGCUUUCAGGCGUCAGGCUACAACUUCAACACAUACGAGUGGAGGGGUCCGAAACAGAGAGGCAGCCUGUCCCCAGUCACGAAGCCACGAAGCCAGACUUACCCAGACGUGGGGCUGGGUAAUGAAGACUGGGACCGGUCCACAGUCAGUGGUUUUACAGGGGCUCCUGACAGUGCGGAGGCCGAACAAGAGGAGAACUUCUGGUCCCAAGCGCUGGAGGACCUGGAAACCUGUGGACAGUCGGGAAUUCUGAGAGAACUCGAGGCAACAAUCAUGUCGGGGAGCACGAUGAGUUUGAAUCAUGAGGCCCCAACACCUCGCAGUCAGCUGGGGCGACAAGCCAGCUUCCAGGAGCGGAGCAGCUCACGGCCGCAUUAUAGCCAAACAACUCGGAGCAACACCCUGCCCUCCGAUGUGGGCAGAAAGUCUGUCACCCUGCGAAAAAUGAAACAAGAAAUAAAGGAGAUUAUGUCCCCAACACCGGUGGAGCUGCACAAGGUGACCUUGUACAAGAGCUCCGAUGUGGAGGAUUUUGGGUUCAGCGUAGCGGAUGGCCUGCUGGAGAAAGGAGUGUAUGUCAAAAACAUUCGCCCAGCUGGGCCAGGAGACCUUGGUGGCUUAAAACCCUAUGACAGACUCUUACAGGUGAAUCAUGUCCGAACGAGAGACUUUGACUGCUGCCUUGUCGUGCCCCUCAUAGCAGAAUCUGGGAAUAAGCUGGACUUGGUUAUUAGUAGAAACCCACUGGCUUCACAGAAGUCUAUAGAACAGUCUCUACCAGGAGGAGAAUGGAGUGAACAGAACAGUGCUUUUUUCCAACAGCCUAGUCAUGGUGGUAAUUUGGAGAUACGAGAACCCACUAACACAUUAUAGCAACGCUUUUUAUAAAGCAGGACAAAAGACAAUAUCUACAUGGUGCUAAAAAAAUCCCUUUCAGAUUUCUGUGGCAUUUAAAGCACAGAUAAUCACGUGGCAUUAACUGCAAGCACAGGGGUCUUUUAAAUCUCUCUCAUGGCUCAUGUUCACUUCCCCUUUCAAGUUGAAGAGGUGUCUUUCUUGGUGACCGCUAUGGUAUAUGGCAGCCGAUUCCCUGCCAGGCCCAAUGAUAGAGCAAAAGAAAAGUAGACGGGCCACCCCUUCCCCCCAGUUAACAUCAGAGGACAUUUUUUACAAGUUCAUCUUCCAAUCACUUUUUAAAAAGAGAAAUCUGUUUGAAAAUAUUCUCUAUGACAAGUUCCUUAAUUCACUUUGAAAUCAGUUUCUUACUGUGAAGUCGUUACUGUUCAGAACUUGACCAAGUCUUUCCACAAAGCUGGCUCUCCUAGGGGAACUCGAGUUUGAGAUGUGGCUGGGGACUGCUGCCAUGGGAGGGGUACAGGUGUAACUAUUUUAAAACGUUUCCGCAGUGAUGCACGUAGGAGACCAUAAUAGGUGGUGGUAAAUGUUUCGCCCCAAUAUAGGAAUGAUCUUAACUAAGAUGUAUGCUAUUCCCUAUGCAACAAAUUAACAAACAGGAUAUGUCUUGUGACCUGUUUUUUUUUUUAAGGACACAUUUUUAAUAGCUGCAAAUCUCUGAUAAUGAAUUAGAGUGCUUAGGAACACUGAGAAUUAGUUAUCUUAUUUUUUAAAUUCAGGACUAAGAAUUUAAGAGAGAAUGAAGAGUCUAUUAAAUGAAGUUUAUCUUAAUGGUAGGCAAAUCAAACUCAUCUUGCUUGACAUGUUUGGAAACCUGGUUAGAGAGGGGUGUACGGCACAUGUACGUUAAAAUGACACUGGACUGUCUUUUGUUCUGAGCCAUGCUACUUCUUGAAAUUGUAAAUACAUCUUUCACAGAAUGCAUUGCCAAUUACCAUCCCUCAAAGCAAUAAAUUGUGACAGUUGCUUUUAAUGUUCGUCAGCAACUGUUCUCAUUUGUUCAGAUAUUUUGAAUAGUUACACUAAUAACUGUUAUUUGGUGAAUAUUUAAAAAAAUAGAUCUGUAUAUUGAUUGUAGAAUCUCCAUACUGAAAUGAUUAUUUUCCAAACAGUUUCAUUUGGGUCAAUAAUUCAACAACGGCUUAGGUAAAGCAUUUGAACACUGUGUCCUUUGUUUAAGGAAAAAGUUCACCUUUCUUUUUGUGCAAAGAAAUAUAUUAUUUCAACCAUAUUUCACAACCCGCCAGGGCAAGAGAGUAUAAAGCAGAAUCAUGUUAAGAAAAAAAAAAAAAAGAUCAUGAGUCACUUAAAUAUGUAUUUUUAUUUGUAACAAACAAGUAUUAAGCUGUAAAGUAUUUUUGUACAAAUUUAAUACUUUAAUAGCAUGGUAUUUAUCGUCUAUGUAUGGUUUUGGGGAAUUCAAAAUUGUUGCAAAUAUUUGUAUGGAAAAAAAAAACCCUCUACCAAAUGGAAUAAAAAGUGAUUUUAAAAAGCCAAAA